AUGGUCUACGCAUUCACCCUCCCAACAACCUCCCCACUCUCAUUCCAAACAUUCAUCUACUCCCCCACACAUCCCUCCCUCCCCCAAACAGCCUCAACAGCCCGCCACGCCCUCCGCCUCGCUCUAAAAGCCCACAAACGUCUACCCCGCGGCCCGCGACAAGACGCCCACCUUCCAACGGUCCUCGCCGCUUUAAACGAGUACAUCCCCUAUCUAUUCGCAAUCUCAGCCGGUCUGUCGGGCCAAUCUUUCCAGAAUGAGCAGCUAGGUUCUAUCGCGGGUUGGAGCAGGGGGGAAAAUAUCGAAGUAUCGCUUCGCGCCGAGAUCGAGGCUGCAUGGAAACCUACCCUCUCCGCUGGCAGCGGGCUGAAUAUACACGCGCCGAGUACGACGCCGGGCGCGAAAUCUAUUCGCCCCCGCGGUGGUCGAGUCUCCGGCCAGGGCAUUGAUUUUGAAAUCGCAUUCACACUCACGACGCUGGGAUACGUGCUCAGUCGACUCGCGCGCGCGGGAAUCUUGGAGUCACUAUACGCGCCGACGACACAAUCUCAAGAACAACGUACAGCCGCUGUCCAAAACGCGACGAGGAAUUUACUACUAGCAAGCUCGGUGCAUGCCCUACUCGCCUCGUCACCCGCGUUCUCGGCUGCGACGACGGCUACAGUCCCUGAUAUCGAUCCGAGUACGCAAUCCGCAUUAUCGGCGCUAGCGCUUUCUGAAGCGACGUUGCUAGCUGUGCUCAAGGAUGAUGCGUACAUUACUGCGUGCAUUCAGUCGCGGAAUCCGAAUGAUCGGGAGUGGAUGGUGCGGGCACCUGAGAUCCCGAAAGUUCGCGCAUUGCUUUUUGCGAGACUCUGUGUUCGUGCGGCGGAGUAUGCGGAGCAGGCUGCUGCAGGGCUGAGUGCCGUUGGAUCUGGGGCUGGAAGGGUGGGUAGGGUUGAUGAAGAGGUUACUCGAUAUGCGGGCGUGUUGGGACGUGUGGCUCGUGCCAGGGCUUGUCGGUUUUUCGGUAUUGAUGCCGAGCUGGCUGGGAAGGUUGGUGAGGGUAUUGCUUGGUUGCGGGCUGCGCGGACGCCGUUGGGUUUGCGUGGUGGUGUCGGAUCUUCUUCCGGCCAGGAAGAGGGUAAUGUGACAUCUAGUAAGGGUGGAUUUUCCAGAUUGAAGCGUGAAUGGGCGGAGCGAAGAGAAGAGAAGAAAAUUGGUAAAGAUGCUGGUGCAGGCCGUGGUGAUAAAGGUGUCCUAGACGCAGGCGAUGAUGCAGGUCGUGACGAGGAGGGUCGAGUGAUUGCGAUGUUGGAGACGAAAUGGAUGAAAAUGAACGAUACCAUCAACACGCAAGCAAUCCCCCCGUCUGCUCCAUUGCUGGCUAGUCUCCCGUCCGGUCGAGAUAUCCAUACGCCGCCUGCACCGUAUAAGCCGGCCUCCUUGGAUGAGGAUCAGCUGGCUCGUAUGCAGGCUUUACCGGAUGAGAGUGUGAAUAUGCGAUUUGGGAGUGAUCCGGAUGACAGCGAAGAGGAACCUGUCUCGGCCGGAGGCCCGACAGCACCUGGUGGAUUCCCUGAUCGCAGCCAGACUGCUUCGAAUGUGUACUAUUGA